UACAAUGGCGACAAACAAUGUAAAGCUACCGGAUUUGAUCCACAAAUGGAUCGAGGUGCAAAAAAAGGUUACGGAACUGGAACGAACAAAGCCACUUGAUAUUGACGCAAUCAAUUUGACGCUGUUGCUAAAAUCAAUGGGCCUACGGUUGCAGUAUCUGGACUUUGAGGCGGAAAAGAGCAAUGCCGAUAAUCUGACGAUCACCGUCAAAUGUAACCGUUCCGGCAUGAGGGCGGAACUUAGCUACGAGCUGCUACGGUGCAGCUGUCCGGACCGCUCCGACCGGGAAAGCUCGUUCUGGGAGGUUCAAGGUACAGGGCCGACAGUAUUUUCCAAGUGUAAGAAUAACGCCUCAUCGAACCUGCUGCCGGACGUGUCGGAAAGUUGUGCGCUCGUGUCGAAGGCGAUGCUUUCGAAUCUGUUGGACUUUUACGAGGCAAGCAUCCGGGAGGUGAAGGAAGGCAAGGAGCAGGCUAUGUUACAUUCGCCGCUAAAAUCACCUCGUCCGAAGGUGAGCGUGAUAAGUCCGGGAUUGACAAUUAAGAAACCGUUUUCCACACCACCGGCCGAAGGGAAAUGCUCUUCGCGUAUCGAUGGGGUGCCGGGUUCGAGCGAUGUUGUAGCAAUGGCCAAGGAAGAGCAGCAAGAAAUUGAAUCUAAAGACAUGAAGAGAUCUAAAGAGUUGAAUGACACGAAAUCAAAUACAUCCUCCGAGAGUGUGGGAAUAAAUAAUAAAACACACGAGCUGGUGAACUCAGAACAUCCGGCAAACAAGCCGGUGGUCGAUUCCGUCCUCAGCCCCGCCCAAACCAGCGUUGCGGACGAUAAUGCGUACGAAGCUAUGAAAACGCUCGUCACCUCGAGUCCAAAUGAAAAACCCAUCGACAUGCCGCUCAACAUCCAGCAUGAUCGUGAUCUGAACGUUAUUAGCUAUCUGCAGGAAGCACGUAGCCAGAUCGAUAUGGCUUUAAUGCUGAUGAAAGUCAACACAACACAGGAUGUUUCGAACGGGUUUACGGGUACCAUUACACCGCACCACGCAACGGCCAUCUCGCGAAAAUCGCUCGUUUCCACACCAAGAUUUGCGCAACCCCGUUCCAGCUCUUUGCUAAGCAUCGAACGAAGACGUCCAGCGGGUGAUGCUGGAGCAGUUAAAAAAAUAUCCUCGGCAUCCACAGUCCAGCCCAGCUCUCGACUAUCCAUCGGUAGUGUAACGGGACGUGCUGACACACCGAGACCAUCCAUAGCACAAGUAAAAUCGGUUGCUGCACUACGCAAACCUGGCGGUAUGCGACCACUGGGAUCACCUAAUGGAACACCCCAAGCACAAGGUUUGAAGAAGCCACCCACCGGUUCUAUUGGAUUGCUGUCAAGCCAAAGAAAAUUACUACCCCAAAGCGGCACUACUUCAUCGAUCGGAAGAACGAUUCCUAAACCACCGACAACUAGCGGACGGCCACCGUCUAGCAGUGGUCUACUUCAACGAUCAUCCAGUGCUUCGCAGAUAAGCAAAAAAUAG